AUGAUAGGAGAAAAGUUUAGCGCAUUCUUUAAUAGCAGUCAAACCCCUUAUCGGGCGAUUAGAUCAGAGCACCUUCACUAUGAAAUGAGCGAAACAAUCGGCCGAACCAUAAGGUGCUAUUGUAUGGCAUUGUAUGGCAUUGUAUGGCAUUGUAAUAGUCAACCACCCGGUGCUGAUUCUGCUGGUCAUUCGAGUCAAAGUAUCUUAAAUGAAGAAUUCAGUCCAUCGGUCACAUCGAGAUGCGAUAGAGGGGUUAUGUAUAUAUAUGUGGUCACAUUACAGCCGUUCAACGGUGUGGUCCAUACCCGGGGUCACCGCAAACAUCCCUGUAUGGCGUACGGCAGCGGCGGCUUCAACACCACAUUAAAGAUCAGUUUAUUGGCCGACGAGAGCGACGAAUUGUUUUGCGGUUAUAAUAAAUUCAAUGGCGAUAGAUCGGUAUCGUUGGCCGUCAGACCUCAUAAAUCGCUGGAAUUAUCUGAUGAUAAAUACUAUUUCAUGACUUGCGAACAGUUGGGCUACAAAAGUGUUCGGGGCGGCACAUAUAGCGUUUCAUUAAAACUAACUGAUUUAAGCGGACAGAGGGUCUCGCGUGCACUUCACGGCAGUUCCUAUAUAUUGAGAGCACAUCUGACCCCAUAUGACAGUGAGUACAUAAUAACAACACUGCGAAUGAAGAACUGUUUCUCGUUCGCGGCCGACACCGAACACGUCCGACUGUUGGACGACUUCGGGUGUCCCACAAAAGCGCAACUCAUGUCUGAGUUCAUGUACAACAGCUCACAUACGGCCGAAGCCAUAGUCUACGAGAUGUUCAAAUUUCCCGACUCUCACAAAUUGUUUAUCCAAUGCGAUGCCAUACUAUGUCGGGGCGGAUGUCGGGAACCGAUGUGCGAUUCCGCCACCGAUAAGGACCGGGAAUUGGCCACCGAUUCCUAUUCGCUAAUAUCUUCGUCGACAACGCUAUACGUCUUCGAGCCGUCAGAUGAAAGCUGUAAUUCAAUAAAACAAUUCAAUUAUAUCUUAAAGAAGGUGAUAGAGAAGGAGCCGUCGGAAGUGGACGACUACGACCCCUAUCACGUCAAUUGGAUUUCACCCAACACUGGGUUCGGCGGUUCGCGACUAUCGUUGAACAGAUCCGCCGCAUUGAACAACUCGUUCACAUCAAACAAGUCGUCCGCCAGAUCUCAUCAUUUAGUCUACUAUAGAGACCAUUUUGUGCCCAAACACUACUCCACUUUACAGCCGCCGCCGUUAUCCUCAUCACAACAAACUCAUGAAGACAACUACUCGCAGGACAUCCGCCCGAAGACAAUGAGUGGUCGCACCGGACGGACACACGGCUACAUACGGGCGCCCAACACAUCCACUGCUGUGCCCGCACUCAAUGGCGGCCCACAGACACAGACACAGACCGCAGACACCGUCGGCAGAGCGCACAGAUCGGCCGCCACCGCCACGGAUCAGCUGGACUCGUGUCUGACAGGAGUGGCCAAUUUGAAGCCAAAGUGCGAACAGACAUACCGUGUGAUUGCGGCCAAUGUUUCCGCCGACUCGUCUCUCGUCCACGAGAAACAGCUCUGGAAUGAUAUCAAACAAUACAGACAUCAAAAGGACAAAAUACUAAUCGAGUAUUUGAUUGGCUUUUAUGUCUCACUAAUGGAGACGAUUGUGACCAAUGAUAAGCAACACAAAGAGCCGUACCUGUUGUGCGCCAAUACAAGCCAUUUGUCGCCAACCGCUCGCCUCUUGCUGUACAAUAUACUGAUCCGAAUCGGAGAUCUUAACCGUUAUCUCAGUAAGACAUCGGUGGCCGAGAACUACUAUCUGCGCGCCCGACGCCUGGAUGUGACCAGAGGUCACGCUUACAACCAAUUGGCUAUCAAUACGCCUCUGAGUCAGCACUUGAAGUGCAUUUACUACUACUGUCGAGCGGCCAAGUCUUCGGUCGAUCCCAUUGUGAUCGCCGAAACCAACCUUAAGGUUGCCGUCAAUCGGUUCGACAACGAUAUCCUUAAGUCUAUUGUCCAAAACGGUUCCCACUCUAAGGACCCCUCAGACUCUGCCACUGAUGACCAUCAGCUGAUCCUAACAUAUCCCCAGAAAGGAAUCGAUUGGUUCUAUUUGUCUGUGAUCUCCAUCUAUAGUGAAAAUAUGGACACAAUCCUGAAGCCAUUGAUUCAGUUUGUGAUCACUCACUGCGAGUUGACUGCAAACAAACAUUUGGACACAAAUCACAGCAACAAUGACUUGAGUUUCGCUCUCAUGGCGUUAGACGUGUCCAUCGAUUUCUUGGCCCUCAAACCCCUCCAAAGGUCUUUCGGCGAACUCUUCGCCAAAGAGCUGAAAGACGCGAAGAUAGCGCUAAAGAGCUGUUCCGACGUUUUGAACGAUUGCAAAGCCAACGACGAAAAUGACUAUCAAAAUGAUAGCCAAACUAAGGCUCUCUUUCACGACUACUUUUUGCGGGGAUUUUUACCGUUGAGUGUAAUUCACUCUCAAUUGGAGUUUGACUCAAACGAACCGCUGGUCGUCCGCCCGAACCAAUUGGUGGUCAGAGUUAUCGUCAAAUUAGACAAACUAUUGUCUUCUGCGGUGAAACCUGUGGCGAAACCGAAACGUAUGCGGAAUGUGGCCCUCGGAUCCAUUCUGGAGAACGAGUCUUAACCGAUGAAGUGGUGUAGAUUUGAUCACUACUCCACUUACCGCCGAUGACUGUUAAAAGUGGACAUUUAUUUUCCAUAACACGAGACAAAGUCGAGUCAAUUCAGAGAAUUUGUGUUUUUCAUUGAUUUUUAUAAUUGAGAAUUUUUUAACGA